UCAUCACUGUGAAAUUGAAAUGCCGUCUUAUUGAGAACAGGAAGUUCAUCGUCAGAUUGACUAAACUCAACUCCUUCGAGGCGUGAUUCUGUUGGCUAAGCAAUGGCUUCAGAUUUGGAAGAUCCUGUGACGGACGAAGAAAAGAUAAGAAUUGCAUCAGAUUUCAUUCUUCACAGUCCACCUGGGGAACUAAAUGAAGUUUUUAAUGAUGUACGAGUAUUGAUCAAUGAUGAUUUUCUUCUGAAAGAAGGUGCAUUAGGAGCCUUUGCUCAGUACAACAAGGAUCAGCUUACACCUGUUAAAAUUGAUGGCUCCAAUUUUCUUGCUUUGAUAACUGAUUAUAAUGAUUUGGGAAAUGGUCGUUUUUAUGAUCCCAGGAGUCAACAAUCCUUUAAAUAUGAUCAUCUAAGGAAAGAAGCUCUUGACUUUAAAUUAUGGGAGCCAGAUAGAAAUACGGAAGUGUAUCGUAGGGCAUUGGAAGAAGCUUGUACACAAUAUACUCAGGAUCAUUAUAGGCAUGGUACAUGUUCUGUGUUUAGCAGUUCUCAAGACAAAACUUACACAUUAACAGCAUGUAUUGAAGACCAUCAGUUUCAACCUAAGAAUUUUUGGAAUGGACGAUGGCGCUCUAUAUGGUCGGUAACAUUUAGUCCGGAUUCAACUACUGCAGAUUUAGAAGGCAUUGUCAAAGUACAGGUACAUUAUUAUGAAGAUGGAAAUGUUCAACUUGUUACCUCUAAAGAAGUUAAAGAAACUCUAUCAUUAACGACUGAACAUCAAACUGCCAUUGAAUUUAUGCAAAUUGUGGAAGAAGCGGAGACUGAGUAUCAGAUGGCAAUCUCUGAGAACUAUCAAACAAUGUCAGAUACUACUUUCAAAGCUUUGCGUCGUUUACUUCCAGUAACGCGGACCAAAAUAGAUUGGGCGAAAAUUCUAACUUAUAAAAAACUAGGCACUGAAUUAAAACAUCAUUGAUAGUAGUGAUUUAUGAUACUCAAAAAGUCAACUGUUGAAAAAAAAAAUUAUGUAAUAGAUUUGUACAGUUGGAAGAUGUUCCUUUAAAAUUGUUUAAUCAUGUUUAAAUCAUGUUCAUAUUAUGUUAUUUUAUCAAUAAUCUUUGUUAUAAUAAUUUGCUUAUGGAUUACUGUGCCUAGAAAUUGCAUUUAAUUGUUAGAAUAAUUCAAUUUUGUACGAAUGAAUUGUGCUAUUAUAUACUUUUAAUGUUUUUAGUUUGUUGAUUAGAUUUAUAUAUAUAUAUUUCCUUCAAUGAGGAUGAAGAAUUGGAGCUUCUUCUUUUAAUUGUUCAGAUAAUUUUUGUAUUAAUUUAUUUCAAUGCGAAUUUUGUUUGUACUGAAUGGGUUUUUUACUAAUUCUCAAUCAUUAAUUAUCUUCAACUUGCAACUGCACAUAAUAAAUUGUUUAAAAAUAUUGCCAAUUAAAGUAUUUUGAGUUUUUUAA